AUGUCUGAAAUUCCUGCGUACUCUGGGAACGAUACUGAGAAGGGGAAGUAUGGAAAUGAUGAGAAGUCAAACUACCAGACUGAUGUUACCGCCGGUUAUGGCUCAUCAGAGAAUCUUGACGAGUCUGAGGUUCUUCAAUUUAGUGAAACCAAAGAGUUACGACGUGGUCUUGGUCAGAGGCAUAUCCAAAUGAUUGCUUUGGCUGGAACUAUCGGUACUGGACUAUUUCUUGGUUCCGGAAAAGCUCUUGCUCGUGGUGGACCUCUCGGAGCACUUAUGGGAUACUCCUUCGUUGGUGUACUUGUCACUGGUGUAGUUAUAAGUAUCGCAGAAUUGAGUGCUCUCGUUCCUUUGAGCGGUGCCAUUAUUCGACAUGCCGAAUACUUUGUGGACCCUGCACUGUCUUUCGCUCAAGGAUGGAACUCCAUAUACUCGAGUCUCGUAUCCUUACCCGCGGAGAUUGUUGCUGCGGCAGUCAUUGUCGAGUUUUGGACACAGGCCGUCAACUCUGCCGUCUGGAUUACAAUCUUCGGUAUUUUACUUGUCAUAAGCAAUCUGUUAUUCGUGCGAGUUUAUGGCGAGCUUGAAUUCGGGUUUGCGUCCUUGAAGAUUAUGCUUAUUAUCGGUGUCAACAUCAUGGCAUUGGUCAUUACAUGCGGAGGAGGGCCUGAUGGCCACAGAUACGGCUUUCAAUACUGGAAGAACCCGGGUCCCUUCGUAGAAUAUCUUGGGUAUGCCGGAUCUUUGGGACACUUCAUGGGAUUCUAUACAACUUUCUCAAAUGCCGUGUAUGCGUACUCAGGUAUCGAAAAUAUCUCUUUAGCCGCCGCCGAGACCCAGUCACCUCGUCGAAACAUUCCUAUUGCCGCUAAGAGAAUCUUUUGGCGAGUAUCGAUCUUCUAUGUUCUCUCAAUCUUCAUGGUGGGUCUUAUUGUACCUUCGAAUGAUAAAGAUCUUCUCCGCUCCACGGGAACAGCAGCGCAGUCCCCAUUUGUCAUUGCAUCUACUAGAGCUGGCAUCAAAGUUGUACCCUCAAUCAUCAACGCAGUUGUUCUUUCUAGUGCUUGGAGUGCUGGCAAUUCAGUGCUUCUAGGAUCAUCUCGUACCCUUUACGGAAUGGCACGCGAAGGUCAUGCUCCAAAGAUCUUCCUUCGAGUGUCUCGCAUGGGUGUUCCUUACGUCGCUGUGGCAUUCAUGUCUAUCUGGAUGUGCUUGGGCUACAUGACUCUUUCGGACUCGGCGAGCACCGUAUUCUCAUGGCUCCAAGACCUAGUAGCCACGGCCGCUCUUGUGCACUGGAUUAUCAUCUGUGUUGUUUAUCUACGAUUCUACUAUGGGAUGAAGAAGCAAGGAAUUGCUAGAAGUGCAUUGCCCUGGGCAGCACCAUUCCAACCAUAUGCGGCAUGGACUAGCUUGAUCGCUUUCUCAAUCCUACUUUUGACUGGUGGCUACAUCACCUUUGUUCAUGGACAUUGGGACAACGAGACAUUCGUGUCUUCCUACAUCAACAUCCCCAUCAUCCUCAUUCUGUACCUCGUCUAUAAAUUCAUCAAGAAGACAAAAAUCAUUCCAUUGGACCAGCUGCCAAUCCAGAAGUUCAUCGAUAUUGCAAAUGCCAAUCCUGAAGAACCCGCUAAGCCGGUUGUUGGGUGGCGUAGGUUUAACAUUCUGUGGAGUUAG